UAUGCUGCUGAAUUGCUAUAACUACCCCAAUGCCCCAGUCCCCCUUUUCCAAAAGCGACACACCAUGCAACAAGCUAUCCCAUAUAGAAAUUGGGCGCCCACCUCCUCUCCGCCCGCCUCUGCCUUGGAUGGCAGAAGCGUGCGGGAGCAGGUGGCGGAGAAGCCCGUGGUUGUUUUUGCGCGGCGAGGCUGCUGCAUGUGCCACGUGGUGAAGCUCCUGCUCCACGGCCACGGCGUCUAUCCUUCCAUCUUCCACGUCGACGACCACAAUGAAGCCGAGGUAAACGAGGAGCUGUCAAAGAUCAUCGGCGCCGCCGCGCUGCAGCUGCCGGCGGUGUUUCUCGCCGGAGACCUGUUUGGAGGGAUUGACAAAAUUAUGGGGGCGCAUAUUUCUGGUGAAUUGGUCCCUAGGCUUAGAGAAGCUAGAGCUCUUUGGCUUUGAAUUAGUAUUUUUUUUAUUAACCACUAAUAUUCAAAUAAUAAUAAUUACUAUUAUAAAGUUUAAUGGAUUGUAGAAGCUGAUAAACUUCUUGUACAAAUUAUUUGAUAUUAGUGGCUACUUUUGACUUUGGCUAUUUAUUUUAAUGGAUUUGACCAUUGUUUAAUCAA